AGACAGACAGACCAGAGCAAGAGAGCUUCAAUAAGACAGCUAAGAGCUCAUUUGAAGUGACAAAAGAAGAAACUCACUCAAUACAAUGGAAGGUGAAUGCAAGGUACAGCUGGACGCCACUGUGGACACAGAAGCCGGGAAACAAACAAUGCAGAAAUUCAGUUCAAAGCUAACCACGGCUCUGCUGACGUUCACGCUCUGCCUCGCUGCUGUUCUUGCUGCUGCUGCCAUCAUCGGCUCAACCAGGCAAGCCAAGGUGGAGACACAAGAGGAAGACAAUUCUGAUGUUCAUCGCACAUUGAGGCAGAUGUCAAACACAAGAGCGGCCAUUCAUUUACGUGGACAUUACAACCAAAGCCGGACCACAUCAGUGGAAUGGGAGAACCAGGUGGACCACUCUUACUCCCAAGGCGGGCUGAAACUCGUCAACAACGAAAUUGUGAUUCCUCGUGAUGGUCUCUAUUUCAUCUACAGCCAAGCGUCUUUCAGUGUUAACUGCAGCAGUACUGACGGUUCAGAUCCCAUGGUGCACCUGAGCCACACUGUGAAGCGUUCGUCCGACACGUAUGGCCAUAAGAACACCUACGUGACCAUCCUGCACUCUAUCCGCACUGCCUGUCAAAAGACAGCCAGCAACAAUCCGGAUGAAGACGGGAAUUGGUUCUCAACCAUAUACAUGGGAGCUGUGUUCAGCCUGAACACGGGGGACAAACUGAAGACGGUGGUGGAGGAGAGCAUGCUGAAAAACCUGGAGGACGAUUCCGGGAAAACUUUCUUUGGUGUGUUUGCAUUGUAAGGACAGAUGACUGAGGCUGACAGGGGAUGAUAUGCUCAUGCUAUGACAUAAAGAAAAGCAAUCAGGCUUCGCUGUGGCUGUUCUCACCUUUACCUGAAACUCACUCACACUGUUGAAUGUAAGAUGCACAAAUGCCACUUUCGUUUGUAUUUAUUUCGUCACCACAAGCUGACAGAAAUGGAUUUUGGUGAAUGUAUUUGUUCCAUCAUAUUAUCAUAUUUAUUGAAGUAUUUAUUGAAUUGUUUAUUUUUUUAUUUAUAUGUGUGUGUUAACGUGUUUUUUAAUGAAUGCCCUAAACUUAUUUAUGCUGGAUUUUUAUACAUAAUUUCUAAAAAAUUAUUUAUUGAACCUGAUCAGAAUUUUGUAUUUUUGACAUUUGCAAAUAAUGUUAUGGUGCCUGUGCUGCUGUAAAAAUGUUUGAAUAAAAAAAAAAAAAUCAUUUUGGAAUGAAAA